AUGGCCGGGCUGCAGGCGCUGAUGCAGCGGGUGCUGCGCGCGCUGAUGUGGCGGGCACUGCAAGCCCUGCUCUGCCCGCACCACGCGCUCAUCUCGGCGCUGCGCGCGCGCCCGGGCACCUGGAGCUGGAUCCGGUGGCUCCCCAAGCCUCUGACGAACCGUGGGCACUCUUGUCGCAGCCCGCACCGGCACCUGCACCGGCACUCGAACUCGUACUCGCUGGGGGACCCGGCGCUGGCCAUAAUGCACCCGGGGCUGCGCUGGCGCGCGGACUGCCGGACCCUGCACAAGCUGCCCGUGCACCUGGGUCUUCUGAUCACGGAGUUGGAGCACAGCUUCUCGGACGUGGCGAGCAUCGUGGUGUGGUGCGUGGCUGUGGGGAUCUCCUACGUUAGCGUCUACGACCACCAAGGUAUUCUCAAGAGAAAUAAUUCCAGACUGAUGGAGGAAAUUUUAAAACGACAGCAGGAACUUUGGGGCUUAGAUUGUUCCAGAUACUCAGCAGAGUUGGCACAGAGUAACGGCAAAGACGGUCUAGUUUUAAUCUGCCGGUCGGCAGUGCAGGUGCUGUCCCCAGAAGACGGGAAAGCGGACGUUGUGAGAGCCGCCCAGGACUUCUGCCAGUUGGUGGCGCGGCAGCAACGGAGAGCCACGGAUCUGAACGUGGAUGUGUUUGACGGCUUGCUUCGUUCCCAUGGCUUCCCUGAUCCGGAUUUAGUCCUGAAGUUUGGUUAUGUGGACAGCACACUAGGCUUUCUCCCCUGGCAAAUCAGACUGGCUGAGAUCGUGUCCUUGCCUUCUCACCUGAACCUCUGUUACGAGGACUUCUUCUCCGCCCUUUGUCAGUAUGCGGCGAGUGAACCGCGUCUGGGAAAGUAG